UUCAAAAGCCCACGAGAAGUUUUAACGCGGAAUCACUUCUCUGCCUCACCGAACUCCGCCGCGGGCUGUAUGAUAAGGGCAGGGGGCGAUACCGUUAUGAACCGACCGGAGAGUCAGCCCUAAGUUUACAAAAAGGCAUUCACCAUUCUCAUAUUAAGUACAGAGGGUUGAGCAAACCUGUCGGAGAUACUAAAAAGAAUUGCGUUCCGCUUCUGAAGAACAAAGAUAGGCGUUAAACAAUAUGGCCAAGGAUAAGAAGUCUUGCGGAGAUGUCAUUGACGAGUGGAAGGAGUUCGUCUGGAACCCGCGGACGCACGAGUUUCUGGGCCGCACGGCCAGCAGCUGGGGUCUGAUCCUGCUGUUCUACCUGGUGUUCUACACCUGUCUGGGGGGCGUGUUCGCUCUCACCAUGUAUGUCCUGCUGCAGACACUGGAUGACUACAACCCCACCUACCAGGACAGACUGGCCAUACCAGGUAUGAUGAUCCGGCCUCGAGGGGAAGCCCUGGAGAUCGUGUACAGCAUGGAGGACACAGAGAGCUGGGACAUAUACGUGGAGUCCCUGGACACGUUCCUCGCCCCGUACGACGAGGCGGUGCAGGCACGGACGAACGUGGAGUGCCUCCCGGACCGCUACUUCCUGCAGGAGGACAGCGGGGAGGUGCGGAACAAUCCCAAACGCUCCUGCCAGUUCAACCGCAGCGCCCUGCUGCAGUGCUCCGGCCUGGAGGACCGCUUCUACGGCUACCGGGACGGCAAGCCCUGCAUCCUCAUCAAGCUCAACCGGGUCAUUGGGCUGAUGCCAUCCAAAGACGGAGAGUCACCUUACAUCACCUGUGCAGCUAAGACGGACGACUCUGAGAUCAUGGGAGAGCUGGAGUACUUCCCCCCAAACGGAACACUCAACCUGAUGUACUUCCCUUACUACGGGAAGAAGGCCCAGGUGAACUACUCCCAGCCCCUGGUGGCCAUCAAGUUCCUCAACAUCACCCUCAAUGAAGACAUCAACGUGGAGUGCAGGAUCAACGCCGACCAGAUCAAGCUCAGCGGCGAGGAGAGAGACAAGUUCGCUGGACGCGUGUCUUUCAAACUGAGGGUCAACUCUUAAGAACUGAGCUCAGCUACCUGUCCCACUAACGCACACGAGCGUGUGCGCGCGCACUCACACACACACACACACACACACACACACACACACACACACACACACUUAU